AUGGAGCGGCUGAGCCAGGGCCGAGCUCCAAUGGAGACGAGGCUUUGCCUCUCCCCACUGAUUGACGACCCGGAGAAGGACCUCCUUGUCUUGUUGUAUUACUGCGAUCUUGUCAAUCUCAAGGCCUCCCCUGACGAGACGGUGGCUCAGCUGAUCAAGAUUGCGGACAAGUAUGGCAUCAUCAAAGACCUCGACCUCCGUAAGGAACUGCUCUCCGAGAUAGAGAUCUACAUUCACUGGGUAAUGAUGUACCUCGCAGCGAACCUAUCGACUUUCGUUCCUCCGACCUCCCUUUCCGCAAGUUAUGCAGCCAAGAUAGAAUUCGAAAAGAGCAUCCAGAUGAGUAGACUCUUGACCAUCUGUGAUAUGCUACUUAAGGAUUCAAGGAGCGACCAAAUUUGCCUUUUGCUCAUGUUUCUCAGGCGAUGCGCCAUGAAUCAAGAGAAGACGUGGUGGCGGUCGCGCACGAAGGCGGUGUUAAAGGGGUUGAAGAAGACCCGAAUCGGACGAUCAACCUGGCAUGUGGAAUACGCAGAGAAAUACCUGUCUGGUUUGAAACGACUGGAGGAGUCCGGCGAUGAACGCUGGUCGCGGCGUGGGUCGCUCAUGAUGGCCCGCGAGGAGUUCGAACUAGGAAAGAUGAAAGGUGACUGA